AUGUCCGAUCAAUCCCACGCAAUUACCAAAUCCCAAAGCAUUUCAACUCAAUUAGACCUCAUUACCAGAGCUGAUGCAGUAUCAAAAGCCGCAUGGCCCCUACGACCGAAAAUCAGUCAAGAAUAUUUUGAAGCUCGUAGAUUACUUAGCGAUCAACAAGUUUACAAUACUUUUCGAGAUGCGAAUCAGAAUGUACAUAAUGCGUUGACUGAUCACUACUUCCCAAGACUGACCAGGGACAACUCGACUAUUGGUCAGAGAAUCAAUAGAGCGAUGAAUCUCAGUAACUCAGCCUUGGCUAUCCAAAAUAUCACAUAUCCCGAGAGACUGGAGCUGACGGACCUAUUGGAAGAUGAAGAAGUGAAAAUGGACAUCAAACAAAGAGAUGAAACGACUUACAACAGAAUCAUGACGGGGUAUGGUGGAGGCGUGAAACAUAUCUGGCAAUGGACGAACAGAGGUGGACCUCCCAGAAUCGGCGAGGACCCAAGUUAUGGCUUUCAUAGUACUACAACUACCCGAUAUCUGGCAGACGGUUCGGUUGGGGCCAGAGACUGGUCAGCAAACAUAACUCUUCCAACACCUGACAUAGUUCUAGCUAGCCUUUCCCAAACUCUACGUAACCUUAUGGGUCGGGCAGACACACAGCCUUCAGCAGUGACGAGCCAAGGGAGUGCGACAGACGAUAAGGAUGAAUCAGAAGGAGAAUAUGCGGACAGUCAGCAUUAUCAAGAUUCCGCAAAAAGUUAG